ACUGUAUAGCGGGACGGCGGUUGUCCGACGGGCGACGGCCACCGAUCCCGGAGGGCUGCGUCUCGGCGGGAUCCCCUCGACGGUUUCUUGCCGCUCAAAUCCGGUGGCCUUAUCUCCAUGGAGAAGCUGACGUGGUUUCUUUGGUUGAAGCUACCUCAUGGGACCAAGAGCACCGCGCCUGCCGCCCGCGCUGUGUUCGACCUUAUGGCGCUGAAGCACAGGCACCGCUGAGGCUACCUUCGAUCACCGUUACGGGGUUCGAGGCCGCACAGACGAGUUUCGUGCAUGGCUAGAUGCUGAGUUCAGGGUCAACGAGUUGCUGUCACCUGCGAUGGAUGGAUGAAAGAGGGAGAUUGGCAGCUGCUCCUGCUCAGGAAACACACGGAUGCUGACUGACGAACCAACGCAUGGUGAAGUUGUACAUUUCAGACGUGCAAAGCUGCAGACGGAUCAACUUAUCCAGCUUCUUCAGAGUCUUCUGCCUCUGUUAUCAGUUUGCAAAAAAUUGCAGUUGGAUCGAGUACCAACCUAGCCAUCAGCCUUAGUGAACUUUGUUACUUCCUCGACACUCGCAGCCCCUGACAUGACAUGGGUUGGUAAUGGUUAUAGGGAUUCCACUGCACAUUGUGGUCUCGUCAUUUCGUCAAGCAGCUGUGCCUCUGCACCAUGAAGGUGAAGGGUGAUAAUCUUCUCGUAAUAGCAUGGAGUCAACGACCGAUCAUGCGAGCAAAAGCGCUUUUGCCGACAGAUUAUCUGAAAGGAGAUGUGCUUUCGGAUCUCCUAACUGAAAAGGGCGUCCAGUCCCAGCUGAUUGGGCGCCUCGUCUGCGAUGAUAAGUGCUGCUGUCGACGUACUGCAUGGGGGGAAGGUGUGGCUGAUUUGCUCAAGCACAUGGUUAGCCAUGCAAAUUUACAUCUUGCGUGCCAUUGCAGCUAGGAUCAGCAAGAACAAGUACAUUCCAUCAUACACCCAACUUUGUCACCUGAUUCAUGUCCUGUCCGAUAACCCGAAUCCCAACUCCUGUGGGUGUGAGCAAGUGAGAAACGUGCAAGCAAAAGGGAAAAUGUUAUGGAGGCACAAGUCAAAGCCAGCUCAAUAAGGCGCCAGUACCAAAUUGUUUGAAUGCAGAACAAAGUCAAUCUUGGACCAAUGAUGCAACCAUUACACCAACAGCACAUCAUUGACUUCAUGCUACCGACUGAUGAGUAGUUGGGGACAUCAAGUCAUCUACUGACCCCUCUCAACUCUUCUCUGAACCUCUGUUCAUGCAUACAAAAGUCUUUACAGUUGUGGUUCAGUAGCUGAAUGAUCAAUCAAAAUGACUGGAAAAUUGCUGAAGGCAGCUGGCUCACCAGAAGGAGCAGCAUGUUUGCAAUGUAGGGGUUUCAGAGGUGCGCUGAUCACAGUUGAAUUCUUGCAGGAUCCAGAAAAAUUCUUGUGUUUCAAGCGGCCUGAAGUCUGAAAUGAGAUGCAAAUGCCCAUUUGUUGUGCUCCAGGAUUCAGAGUCUAAACCAAAAAGGUUGGGCGUGGUUGUGAAUCAUUAGGACUGCGAUGCCGCUUUCGGAUAACAUGACAACUGUAUGUCUCUAUCUGAUUGGACUUGCUCUCCCCAUGGAAUCCCUGCGACGUGCAGUUGAACCGAAGCAAACAAAGUAGAGUGUGAGCUGGUGCGACCCAUGCAUGCUGCUGCCGCUGCUGCAUUGCUGCCUGUCAUAGCAUGGGGAUGGACACAACUGUUGUGGUGGUUACUCUUGGGCUCCUACCAGCUACCACACCACAGCAAUGGGGGUUUAUACACAUCUUCCCAACUCCGGGGUAGCAGCUAUCCUGUAAGUUCAGCUCCCCCUUUGUAGUUUACACAGUUGCAUCAUAUCAUCGUAGCAAUGGCCAUUCCGCUUGCGCUUCUUCUAUCUCUGCUCUUCGGCAUCGUGCUUGCACCGGAAUGUGUAGCCACACCGGACAUGGCUCCUGCCACUCUGCUGCAGGUGAAGUCCGAUCUCAUUGAUCCUCAAGGCAUCCUCUCCGGCUGGUCGCCGGAGGCUGAUGUCUGCUCCUGGCACGGUGUUUCAUGCCUGCCGGGAGAGGGCAUUGUGACAGGCCUCAACUUGUCGGGAUACGGCCUAUCGGGCACGAUAUCGCCGGCGAUAUCUGGCCUGAUGUCCGUAGAAGUCAUUGACUUCUCCUCCAACUCCCUCACCGGGCCGAUCCCAGCAGAGCUCGGCAUGCUGCAGAACCUGAAGACGCUGCUCCUCUACUCCAACUCCCUCGUCGGCACCAUCCCUCCGGAGCUGGGCCUCCUUGGGAACCUAAAAGUUCUCAGGCUUGGCGACAACAUGCUGCACGGUGAGAUACCGCUGCAGCUCGGCAACUGCACGGAGCUCGAGACCAUGGCGCUGGCCUAUUGCCAGCUGAGUGGUACCAUUCCUCACCAGAUUGGCAACCUGAAGAAUUUGCAGCAGCUGGUCUUGGACAACAACACUCUCACUGGAAGCAUCCCGGAGCAGCUUGUUGGUUGCGCAAAUCUGCGUAGUCUGUCAGUGUCUGAUAAUAGGCUGGGUGGCACCAUUCCCUCGUUCAUUGGCAGCCUGAGUGUUCUCCAGUCUCUCAACCUUGCAAACAAUCAGUUUUCCGGUGCGAUUCCGGCGGAUAUUGGGAAGCUUUCCAGCCUGACAUACCUCAACCUGCUCGGCAACAGACUGACAGGUGCCAUCCCGGAAGAGCUGAACCAGCUGAGCCAGCUGCAGGUUCUUGACCUGUCCAAGAACAACAUCUCUGGAGUGAUCAGCAUCUCCACAUCACAGCUGAAGAACCUGAAGUACCUUGUGCUGUCUGACAAUCUUCUUGAUGGCACCAUACCUGGAGACCUCUGCCCCGGGAACUCAAGCUUGGAGAACCUGUUCCUUGCCGGGAACAACCUAGAAGGAGGCAUCGAGGGGCUGCUCAACUGCAUUUCUCUGCGAUCAAUUGACGCGUCGAACAACAGCUUCACUGGGAAGAUUCCGUCGGAGAUCGACCGGUUGGCGAACCUUGUCGACCUAGUGCUGCACAACAACAGCCUUACCGGCGUUCUGCCACCUGAGAUAGGUAACUUGAGCAACCUGGAGAUGCUGUCCCUGUACCACAAUGGCCUCACCGGUGUGCUCCCCCCGGAGAUCGGCCGGCUGCAGAGGCUGAAGGCCUUGUUCCUGUACGAGAAUCAGAUGUCCGGGACCAUACCUGAUGAGAUUACCGACUGCACGAGCUUGGAGGAGGUGGACUUCUUCGGCAACCAUUUCCAUGGGACUAUCCCUGAGAAGAUUGGGAACCUCAAGAGCCUAACGGUGCUUCAGCUCCGGCAGAAUGAUUUGUCCGGCUCGAUUCCAGCGAGCCUCGGGGAAUGCAGGAGGCUGCAGGCAUUGGCAUUGGCGGACAACCGGCUCUCCGGCGCACUGCCGGACACGUUCAGGCUUCUCACCGAGCUCAGCAUCAUCACCCUGUACAACAACUCCCUCGAGGGCCCCCUGCCAGAAGCACUGUUCGAGCUGAAGAAUCUGACGGUGAUCAACAUCUCGCACAACAGGUUCAGCGGCAGCGUCGUCCCUCUCCUUGGCUCGAGCUCCCUCUCCGUGCUGGUGCUGACCGACAACAACUUCUCCGGUGUCAUCCCGACAGCGGUAACACGGUCGAGGAACAUGGUCCGCCUCCAGCUGGCUGGCAACCGUCUGACCGGUGCAAUCCCGGCCGAGUUGGGCAGCCUGACGCAGCUCAAGAUGCUUGACCUCUCAUCCAACAACCUCUCCGGCGAUAUCCCGGCGCAGCUCUCCAACUGCUUGCAGCUCACCCAUCUGAACCUUGAGCGUAACAGUCUGACAGGCGCCGUGCCUUCCUGGCUCGGCGGCCUGCGGUUCCUCGGCGAGCUCGACCUCUCGUCGAAUGCAUUAACCGGUGUCAUCCCAGUGGAGCUCGGCAACUGCUCGAGCCUUCUCAAGCUGUCUCUCAGCGGCAACCGUCUCUCGGGCAGCAUUCCGCAGGAGAUCGGAAGGCUCACGUCUCUGAACGUUCUGAACCUGCAGAAGAACAGUCUCACCGGCAUCAUACCGCCCACACUCCGGCGGUGCAACAAGCUCUACGAGCUACGCCUGUCGGAGAACUCGCUGGAGGGGCCGAUCCCCAUGGAGCUCGGUCAGCUGUCGGAGCUGCAGGUGAUGCUGGACCUAAGCCGGAACAGGCUGUCCGGACAGAUUCCGACGUCCCUCGGCAACCUCGUGAAGCUGGAGCGGCUGAACCUGUCCUCCAACCAGCUCCAUGGGCAGAUACCAACCUCACUGCUGCAGCUCACCAGCCUGAACCGCCUCAACCUGUCGGACAAUCUCCUCUCGGGCGCGAUACCUGCCAUGCUAUCAAGCUUCCCGGCCGCGUCCUACGCUGGCAACGGCGAGCUCUGUGGCGUGCCGCUGCCGACGUGCGGGGCCAACGGGAGGCGCCUCGCGAGCGCCACGGUGUCCGGCAUCGUGGCGGCCAUCGCCAUCGUCUCGGCCACCGUGUGCAUGGCUCUGCUGUACAUAAUGCUCAGGAUGUGGAGCAACUGGAGGGAGGUGUCGGUGUCGAGCUCGGACGGCGAGGAGCCGGAGGCGCACGACAAAGGGGGCAAGUGCUGCGCCGGGGACGGGAAGUACUGGAAGGUCGGCUCGGGCCUGGUCGUCGCGCCGUCGACGGAGGACAAGUACAGCUCGGCGUCGGAGAGCACCGUUCUCCAUGGGAAGCUCACGGAGGCGAGCGCCUUCAACUCCAAGGGCUAGUAGCGCGGCUUGCAUGCUGUGGUUGUGAAUCUCAAAAUGUUUGUGUAUUAUCAGUGGCUGUUUCUUGUAUCAAAGUUAUCGGUCGCCACCGUUAAGCAUUUUGUUCUCAUUUCUCUAAUAUAUUAUGUUCAUGUUUUAAAUUU